AUGGCGAGCCCCGCGCAGAAGCGCGUCAACCUCGCGGUCUCGAAGAUCAUUCCGCCCGUGCUUCUCGGCGCCGUGGUCUACGCUUGCUACGCCGUGACCAAGACGUUAUGCAUUGACUAUCUUCUUCAUCCUCUCCCAUCCUAUAAUCGACGCCCUCGAGUCGGCGCUGGCGCCGUAAUCAUUGCACUUUUUUAUUGCCUCUUAAUACCCGUGGUCUCCACCUACAUUCGACUCCUCUAUGAUGUCUUAUGCAAUCCUGGCUACCUACCACUCGGCGCAGAACGGGUUCGAGCCGACGUCGAAUCGGAGGAUCCCACGCGCAGGCAUGGAAAGCGCCGUCGCAAGACCAGCUCGCGAAAGGCCCGGGAUGCGGAGAAGGAAGACCCGUGGAAGGUGGAUCUGGAGAGCGGGAUAAACAAUCAUGCGGGAGGGAAGGCGUUUCCGCUUGAUCCUGCGGGUCUCGAGUGUUUCUAUACGAAGGAUGUCUUUGUCUGCCAGGAGGAUGGCCGGCCGCCGUAUUGUUCAUCCUGUUGCCAGUUCAAGACUGACCGAGCACACCAUUGUCGGGAGGUGGACCGCUGCGUGCGCAAAAUGGACCAUUUCUGCCCUUGGGUCGGAGGUGUGGUGUCCGAGACCUCCUUCAAGUUCUUUAUCCAGUUUGUCGUCUACACAGCCAUGUUUUGUGGAUUCGUUUUGAUUGUUUCUGCGUAUUUCACGGCGGAGCUUCGUCGGAACACUGGAAGCGCUAAUCCCCACUGGGCUGUUUGUAUUGGACUGAGCGCUCUUUUCGCGUUCUUCACUGGGGGAAUGACUCUCAGCUCCAUCCAACUGGCCCUGCUGAACCUCACCACGAUUGAAAAUAUCAACCGCCGCUCCGUCGUUUGGACCCUCGCCAUCCGGGUCCCAGAGCAUAUGCUGGACCGACUCUGGGCCCCCGACUCCCCCUGGGCACCCACCUUCCGCAUGGUCACCUACCCACUGCAGGAACCUGUAGCACCCUCCCAGCCCCAAACGGCCAACCUAUCUACCGGCGAGCGCCACACCUUCGCCAUCCUCCACACCCUCCCGGGGGAAAACCCCUUCAGUCUUGGCAGCGGCCUGAAGAACCUGCAACAAGUCAUGGGCUACAGCAUCAGCGAAUGGCUCCUCCCACUCAAACACAGCCCGUGUGCGGACCACAGCAGCCCUACCAGCGCCUUUGCUCUGGGGCCUGUGGUAACGCGGCUGAAGCAGGAGGCCGGGUUGGCCCCGGCUCCCGCACCAGGAACAGAAACAGAGGAUGGCUCUGCGUCUCGGCCCCCUUCUGCGCAUGCAAAACAUAGCCGCCGCAGCAAACGUAGAAAAUGA